AUGUCGAUUCCUACAUCAUCAAGUAGUUCUAUAGGAUCGAUUCCUUCGGGAUCGAUCGAGAUCUCAAAUCCUCUUUUUCUCAACUCUUCUGAUAAUCCGAGUACUAUACUUGCGUCAAAGGUUUUUGAUGGAAUUGGAUUCGCGAUGUGGAAGAGAUCUAUAAUUCUUGCUUUAUCAACAAAGAAUAAGACCGGUUCGGAUGAUUUUUCCACUUACUUCACAAAGAUCAAGCGAAUUUGGGAUGAGCUGAAAACUAUACAUGAAAUUCCUAAUUGUUCUUGUGGAUCUACUGCUGCAAUCAACAAAUUUCUGGAAGAACAAAGGCUUGUUCAAUUACUCAUGGGAUUGAACGACUUGUUCAAAGCUAUUAAAGGUCAAAUUUUGAUGAUGUCUCCUCUUCCUUCAAUUUCUACUGUUCAUUCCUUAUUAAUUCAUGAAGAAAGACAAAGAGAAAUUUCUGCUAAUCCAAAUCUGGCUACUGAUUCUAUGGCGAUGCAUGUUAACAAUUUAACUCCAAAUUAUCAAUCAUCCAAGAAAUAUUGUUCAAAUUGCAAGAAAAUUAGACAUGUCAAGUCUCAAUGUUAUAGAUUGAUCGGUUUUCCAUCUGAUUUCAAAUUUACAAAGUCAAAGAAAUUUGAGUCUGCUACUCACAAUGUUGCUGACAAUACUCUAGACAAUAAUCAAGGAAUUUCCCCUAAUCAAUACAAACAACUUAUUGAACUUUUAUCAAAGGUGAAUAUAAAUGAAGCUACUUGUGUUAAUUCUGUUCUUACUGAUGGUGCUAUGGACACAUCGGGUAACUUUAUUGAUUCUCAUGGAAAUCAUGUUUCUUAUGCAUUCAAUGUUGUUAUGGGUUCAAAUCAAGAACAAUCGACAUGGAUUAUAGAUUCAGGGGCUUCAGGUCACAUUUGUUGUGAUAAAUUGCUUUUCACCACUUUAAACAAUUUUUCAAGACCUCAUUUGAUUGGGUUACCAAAUGAUCAGUCUAUACAAGUUACUCAAUAUGGAACUUUACCCAUUCAUGACAAAAUUAUACUUUCACAAGCCCCUUUAUCUAGGAAUAAGUUCAUCAUUGGAAAAAGGAUUAAAAACCUCUACAUCAGGAAUUACAAGACUUUGAAGAAUCCUACAUUUGUAGACAAUUUUUCCAAAUAUUGUAUGAAUUGUAAUAAGACUGAUAAUAAUCAUCUGUGGCAUUUACUCUUAUUCAAGCCUUUAUCAAUCAAACCAGAUCUCAAUAACUUAAGGUCUUUUGGAUGUCGAUGUUAUGCUUCCACAAAUUCUCAUAAUAGAGAUAAAUUUCAACCAAGAGCAGAUACUUGUAUAUUUGUGGGAUAUCCUUUUGGGCAAAAAGGGUAUAAGGUUCUCAAUUUAAAUAACAAGGGUAUUUCUGUCACAAGGAAUGUUGUUUUUGUUGAAGACAAAUUUCCAUUACGCAAUGGUUAUAUUUUUGAUUCCUCAUAUUUUUCUGCUGUAUUUGAAGAACCUUCUCAAUCACUAAAUGAAACCCAACCUUCUUUUUCUUCAAAUGAUCAAUUCAUUGAAUCAAUGAUCAUAUUCUUGAACCACCUCAAUCACCUUAACAAAAUCCUACUCAACCUCAACCCCAGUUACGAAGAACAACCAGAAUAUCUGUCAAACCUGCCCAGUUAA